CAGACACCCAAGCCUCCCCUAUCCCAUCCUGAACGCAGUUCCCCUUGGCUCGUCCCUGGUGGCCCUGGUGGCGCCGAUCCUAGCAGCGCCCUUCGAGAAUCUUUGUCGGCCACGGUUGAGCCGUAGAGUCAAAUCCAGCGGAGCCAAUAGCAAUUCCUCUCGGACCACCCGCUUUCUCCUGGAAAUAUCCCCACUCUACAGCAUGGCUGCAUUGGCCGGUUUUGUUUACUCCACACCCCGACCCUAACAGCCCCCCAUGCAGGGAAUCUCGGAGUGCCCUUUUGCUUUUGGUUUUGCUGGGGUACGGAGAAGACUCUUCGAGUGGUUUCUUGUCUUUUCUGGUUUCUGGUUUCGGCCGCUUUGGGGCCCCUCGGGGGCAUUGCUGAUCAUGGCCGGUUCGAGUGUGUUUUAUUGUAUUUCUAGGUUUUGGCGUGGACUAUUAAACCCUCGUGGGAUCCUGUGCACCCCAGAUUGACUUUUCCGGAUUUCUUUCUUUUUCUUGAUUGUUUCUUCAUUGGCGAUAUUGACCUAUUCUUUCUUGACUUCUGUCUUCUAUUACCAUUUGAGUGUGUCUGCAGCGCAGCACUCCCCAAUACUAUCAUCUCCCUUCUGCUGCCUGAUUCCUUACGCCUAUACGCAUACUAUUAACACUCAAUUCUCUCGCCAUGGGCUUCGCAUUGAAGAAGCCCGACGAUGCCGUCGGCUCGGCGACCCCGGCCAUUAUUAUCGGUCUAUUCGUUGCAUUUGGUGGUGUGCUCUUCGGAUAUGACACCGGUACCAUCAGUGGUAUCCUGGCCAUGAAGAAAUGGCGUGAGAUGUUCUCGACUGGAUAUGUCAACCCUACGGACGGCCUCCCCGAUGUUACUUCGUCCCAGUCCUCGAUGAUCGUGUCCCUUCUCUCUGCCGGUACUUUCUUCGGUGCUCUCGGCGCUGCCCCUAUUGCGGAUUACUUCGGUCGUCGCAUUGCUAUGAUUCUCGACACCUUUGUUUUCUGCUUCGGUGUUAUCCUGCAGACAGCCUCUACUUCCAUUCCCCUGUUUGUGGCUGGCCGAUUCUUCGCCGGUCUGGGUGUCGGUCUGCUCUCGGCAACUAUUCCUCUGUACCAGUCGGAGACUGCUCCUAAGUGGAUUCGUGGUACCAUUGUCGGUGCCUAUCAGCUGGCCAUCACCAUCGGUCUGCUUCUGGCUGCCAUCGUCAACAAUUCUACUAAGGACCGCCCGGAUACUGGCUGCUACCGUAUCCCCGUUGCGAUUCAGUUUGCUUGGGCCAUCAUUCUGGUCGCUGGAAUGAUUAUCUUGCCCGAAACCCCUCGUUUCCUGAUUAAGAAGGACCGCUACGAGGACGCCACCAAGGCCCUUGCCCGUCUCCGCCGCGUCGACAUCAAUGACCCCAUCAUCGUCGAGGAGCUCUCCGAGAUCCAGGCCAACCACGAGUUUGAGCUCCGUCUCGGCAAGGCUAGCUACCUCGAGAUCUUGCGCGGCUCCAUUGGCAGGCGUCUGGCAACUGGUUGCGGAAUUCAGGCUCUGCAGCAGCUAGCCGGUGUGAACUUCAUCUUCUACUACGGCACGACCUUCUUCCAAAACUCUGGCAUCCAAAACUCCUUCGUCAUCACCCUAAUCACCAACAUCAUCAAUGUCGUCUCCACCUUCCCAGGUCUCUAUAUGGUUGAGAAAUGGGGUCGCCGCCCUCUCCUGAUGUUCGGUGCCGUCGGCAUGUGCGUCUCUCAGCUCAUCGUCGCCAUCGUCGGCACGGCCGCCUCCUCCACCGUCGCAAACAAAGUCCUCAUCGCCUUCGUCUGCGUCUACAUCUUCUUCUUCGCCUCCUCCUGGGGCCCCGUCGCCUGGGUCGUGACCGGCGAACUCUUCCCCCUCAAGGCCCGCGCAAAGUGUCUCUCCAUCACGACCGCGACGAACUGGCUCCUCAACUGGGCGAUCGCCUACGCCACCCCGUACAUGGUGAACAGCGGGCCCGGAAAUGCAAACUUGCAGUCCAAGGUGUUCUUCAUCUGGGGCGGUUUCUGCUUUAUCUGUGCGAUUUUCGUGUAUACUUGCAUCUAUGAGACUAAGGGUCUUUCGCUUGAGCAGGUUGAUGAGCUCUAUGCUAAGGUUCCUCGGGCUUGGAACUCGGUUGGUUGGGAGCCUUCCGUGCAUUACACUGAUGUGCGUGAUGUUGCGGGUGGUGUCAAGGGUGGAAACAAUCUGGCCCAGCUUGAGACUGAGGCCAAUGAGAAGCGGAGUGGGGAGCAUGCGACUCAUAUGGAGAGCAUUACCGGCAAGAUGGAGGCUUAGAUUUGAUGAUGGAAUAUGAAUGAUAGAUGAUGGAGUGUUUUUUGUUCGUUUUGUUUGUUAUAGAGAUCAUCUUAUGGUGGACAGUCUUCUGUUGUAUGACUUCCGAGCAUACUGUAUCAUCCUCGUCUAUAUUAUUCGAGUACUCAUGACGUGGAAAUUUAAAUACAAGAAUUCUGACAUCAUAAAGGAAUGGACACAGUUAGACUAGAAAGCUAAAGUAUUUUGAAACAGCGAGAAGGGG